GCUCAAUGGCACCGAAACACAAGAUCUUAGGAAUUUACGUGGGCAAUGAAAGAAACCUGAUGUACAUGGUCUACAAUGAGAGGUACGCUGUUGCGUUUGACACGACAGACGUUAAAAUCCUUGAACAUGCACUCAAAAUCGAUCCGACAUCGAUGCUCAUGGAACAUGAGCAUGUUCUCAAGUGCGAAGCAAAGUUUGAUAGGAAGCUGCUCGCAGUCUUCACAACACACCACCACUGGGACCACAGCCAUGGCAAUGAUGAAGUUAUGUUGCUGACCGAGAACGUGUUCCACGGAAGGAACUUGGAGGAAAAGAAGUACUACUUUGAGGACUUUGAGGUUUUUGCCCUGGCCACCCCGUGCCACACAGAGGACUCGUACAGCUUCCUGAUCGAUGACUAUUUAAUCCUCGGUGAUACGCUUUUGUACUUGGGGUGCGGUAAGUUCUUUGAAGGAACGGCAAAGGACAUGAAGGCGUGCUUCGAGAAACUCAAGGAAAAUGUGAGACCGGAGGUGAUUUGCUGCUACGGGCACGACUACGCCGAUACGGGCUAUAAAUUUGCAUGUGAAUACUUUGAUGUACCAAAAGACUACCAAUCGAAAAGGUUGCUCACGUUUGGCGAGGAGCUCGCCUACAACCCGUUCAUUAAUUUCCAAAAAUUGGUGGAUAGAAAAGCAAUCAAGGGGCUGACUGAGUUGAGAACGAUCAAGAACCGAUAUAAAGGAGAAUAAUUAAAUUAAAUUAAGUUCUUCUGGCGAUGUGCCAUGCGAAGAUUAGUAGCGCUAAAUGCAUCC